AUGGGUACACGGUACACCGCGGCCCGCCCGUGGAACGCAGCCUUCGCGGCAGCAACCAAGGAGCAGGACUUCUGGACCAAAGAGCUCGUCACCCCAGCCACCUUGUGGUUGUCACAGAACAGGUCGGGAACCUCACGUUCAAGUGGUGGAGAUGGCUCACAUCAAGAAGGACCUCCUCUCAAGAAGCAGAAGGCCACCCGAGCAAAGAGACGCUAUGAAGGCGACGACCUCUCAAAGAAGGACGGAGAUAUCUACACCCACAACAGAAAGGGGGUAGAAAUCUGCCGAGAUUGGAACAGAGGCAAGUGCGGCAAGCCCGCGGCCCAGAGCAAAUGCGACCGCAAGAGAUCCCAUCAGUGCAAUUUGUGCUUGGGAGCGCAUCAGGCCUCCGCAUGCCCUGGGCCCAAGGCAAGCCUUGUUAGUCGCGUUCCGCCUGUGGCUGCCCUCCAUAGCCUUCGGAGCGACCUUCAGGGCCAAGGAAUUGCGAAAUCUGCGCAACUCAACGUGCUGGCCCGGGAAUUUGCCUUAGACCAAGCGCUCAGAUGCUACAAGGUCGCGGGACUAACGCACAUUCCUGGCAUCACCAAUGUGCAGGCAGAUGCCCUGAAUGCGCUACUAGCCGAAGUUAUGGCGUCAACCUCUGCUGCGCCCACCGAGUCCAGAAAGAGGCUUUGGGUUCAGCUUAGCGACAAAGCGGGCUACCCAGACCAUUUCCAGCUGACGCCCGCGCGUAUCAGGACAGUGAUGGCGGCCCUCAAGCUCGGAGGUUAUCGCUCAGCCGUCCAGCACAUGGAACCGAUGGCUACUUCAGGUCCGACGUCCCCAGCCCGGUCCACGAUCAUCUCGUCAUGGUGGAUGCUCCGCGAACUCGAGGCCUCCAGGGCUAAGAUUGAGCACCUGACAUUUGAUCAUGUCAACAAGACUGUGACCCUACCGGUCACCUUUCGGAACGGUGCUCGAGCCUUCACCGGCCACUCAGCCCGAGCCACCGGCGCACAGUUAUGGCAAUCAAAGGAAUCGAACUUUGGAGAACCCAAAUAUUUGGGCGAUGGGGCUCAGCUUGUACUCCGCUACCUGCGAGAAGCGCCAGUUGAGCAGCUUGGGCAGCUGGCAGUCGAAGCAGGCCACACCGACAGCCUAGCGCGAGCACGAAAAGAGCUCGAAGAGCUCAUUGCGAAGGGACAAGCCUUCUUGAACGUCCAGCAGAUUGCCGUGCCCGAUCCGGACUGGCUACAAGAUUGCGAGGGCUCUUCAUCCCAGACUGGGGCUCCGAUCCCCGCCGGUGCAGCCCCGCCGCGUGACUUUUCAGCACGCCUGGUGCUCAAUCUCCUGGGGGCAAGUUGCAUCGUUGCGUGA